AUGCCACGUUCUUCUGCGCUCAAGUUAAAGUACAGGCGUCGGGACUUGGACCAGAUCUACGAGGACCAAAAGCCGGAAAACAUUUCGAAACGACUUCGAGUAGCAACAGAGAUAGACGAAGAAAAACCAGCCCUCGGUCAAAUCUAUUGUCUUUCCUGCGACAAGUACUUCUGCGACGUGCCCUCUUUAAAGGCGCACGAGAAAGGGAAGCCACACAAGCGUCGUGUGAAGGACUUGAGCGUGGAGCCUCACACUCAGGAUGUUGCGGAUUGGGCGGCCGGCACUGGCCCCCCGCCCAAAAUAUUGCGUUUGCACGAUCGGUUGUCGACGGAGCUGAAGGCGACUAAACCAGCGGAAGAACCAUCGGAACUGAGAUCCUGUACCUAA